CAAAGGCGGAAAAAGGAGUAAUAAUUGCUGCAAAACAGAGUGGUUUGUGCAUAAAAACAGAGGAAAAAUGGGAGAGAAAAAUUGUGUUUUGUAGAGAAGAAAAACCAGCAGUGUGUCCCUGAGCAGAAGCUCCGUUUGUGAUAUCACGGUCGCAGCGAAUAUUUUCUCGUCCAACACACAGCAGCAUACUUCACACGGCCUCAUUCAAGCACGCAUCUUCUUCUGAUCAUUAACCAGAACGAGAUUAGAAGUUUAGAUCAUUCAUAACAUCUUCUACAAUAGUAUAUAUAUAGAGAGGGAGACAACCUCGUUAACUACAAUUACUCACACUAAAUUUACUUUCAAAUUCCCCUGCUUCCCAGUGAGAUCCAUUCAGAAGACCCAAAGCUCUCAAUCAGACAUAUUCAUGGAUGUCAUACCAGAAGAUCUCAAACGUAUUCGAAUUGGCAAACCAGAUGGACAACGUAUGAUUGCUAAGGGAGAGGAAGAAGAAGAACCACUGAGUCCUAUGGCUCGUGUGUUUCAUGAACCUGGUUGUAACAUCUAUAUCAUUACUAAAAUUGGCUUGAAAACCCAAAUACUUGAUAUUCAGGCUUUCAAAGCCAAUCUGGGGCUUACUCUGGCGAAACACCCUCGUUUCUCUAGUUUGCAGGUUGCAAGCAAAGAAAGAGGAGGAGAGAUUAUAUGGGUUCAAACAGAGGUGGACAUGGAUAACCACCUUAUAGUCCCCCACAUUGAUUACCCUGAUGAAAAGUUUGUCGAGGAUUACAUCUGCAACCUGAGUAAAUCUACCAUUGACAAGUCGAAACCUAUGUGGGACUUCCACAUCCUCAAUGUCAAAACAUCCGACGCCGAGGCUAUAGGUGUCCUCCGCGUCCAUCACUCCCUCGGUGACGGUGCAUCUCUUAUGUCUCUUUUUCUUGCUUGCACUCGUAAAACAUCUGAUCCUGAAGCUUUACCAAGUAGUACGACUGUGACAAAAAAAUCAAAUUUGUCAAAAGCUUGGGGGUUUGGUUUUGUUGUGAUGACGAUGAUGAUGGUAUGGAACACAAUCGUUGGUUUGAUGAUGUUUGUACUCACUGCAUUGUUUUUCAAGGACACGAAAACCCCUCUGAAAGGUUCGCCAGGUGUUGAGAACAAUCCUCGACGCAUUAUUCAUCGAACAGUUAGUCUGGAUGAUGUGAAGUUUGUGAAAAGAGCCAUGAAUAUUACAGUAAACGAUGUAGUUCUUGGAGUAACACAAGCUGGCAUAACAAAGUAUCUCAACAGGAGAUAUGGUGAUGGUAAACAAAACCAGGGGGCAACCGUGAAGAAAAAUAACCUUCCGGAGAACAUUCGUCUUAGAGCAAUAUUUUACAUGAAUUUAAGACCUUCUGCGGGGAUUUAUGAUCUAGUCAAUAUGAUGGAGAAGGGUACAAAGGCCAGAUGGGGUAACGAGAUCGGUUAUGUCCUCCUCCCCUUAACCAUUGCAUUCCGAGAGGAUCCACUGGAGUAUGUAAGGGAAGCUAGUGCAAUUAUGAGUCAAAAGAAGACUUCGCUUGAAGUUAUUUAUAGCCGCUGGAUUGUUGAUUUAGUCCUCAAGUGCUUUGGCGUUAAGGCUGCAGGCAAGCUUUCCCACAAAGUUUUUUAUAACACAACACUGUGGUUUUCAAACGUACCUGGACCCCAAGAAGAAGUUGCUUUUUUCGGCCAUCCGGUUUCCUAUAUUGCUCCGACUUGUUUUGGGCAGCCCAACGCAUUGAUGAUUCAUGUGGUUAGUUAUGUGGACAAAUUGACGUUCAUUCUAUCAGCCGAUGAAGAAACUAUUCCAGACCCACAUCAGUUGGGUGAUGAUCUUGAAGAUUCACUCAAGCUCAUCAUGGCUGCCGUCCAUAGCAAAACAAACCCACAAAGUGUGGAUACAAGAGGAUGAGCACCGCCCUGGCCGUAACCCUGGCACACUCUUUUAUUAAGAAUAAUAUUAUUUGAAUAUAAUUUAUCCUUUGAUUGAUAGCGGGUUUCAACUAAAAUUGGGGUUUAUUAUCGAUCAAAUGCUGCUAAUUAAUUAGAUUAAUAAAUUAGGUUCAAAUUGUAUUUCUGAUAUAAUAUGUGUGAUAUAUGUCAUGUAUGCAUGUGUACUUAAGAAGGUUUGGGUUGUAUACUAGUUGUAUUUGCAUGGGUGUGAAUAAAGAAAGUUGAGUUGUAU